AUGACUGCGUCGCCGGAAGUUCAAAAAGCCAUUGAAGAUGUCUUCACUAAACUCCAGGGAGCUUCUGAUUGCACCUCUUUGCUCAAGAAGCAUUUGACAAAGGAUGUUGUUGCUAAAAACAAGUCGAAAAAGACCCGUCUCGGAGCUACGCUUCUGGACGUGAUCCAGUCGGGUGGCGAAAAUCUUGACUCUGGUGUAGGCAUCUAUGCCCCAGAUGCUGAAAGCUACACUUUGUUUUCCGAUCUCUUCAAUCCUGUCAUCGAGGAAUAUCACAAUGGCUUCAAAGCAACUGACACGCAACCUGGUAUGGAUCUCGGAGAGAAAAACAUCGGUGAGCUCGCUGAUCUCGACCCAGAAGGAAAGUUCAUUGUGUCGACUCGCAUCCGUUGUGGACGUUCUCUUCAAGGGUACCCUUUCAAUCCAUGUUUGUCCGAGACCAACUACAAAAUGAUGGAAACUCGAAUGAAGGAAAUUUUCAACACCAUUACCGACCCCGAGCUCAAGGGAACGUACUACCCUUUGACUGGAAUGAAUGAUGAAACCAAGAACAAGUUGAUCGCUGAUCAUUUCUUGUUCAAAGAGGGUGAUCGCUUCCUUAAAGCUGCGAAUGCCAACCGCUACUGGCCGACUGGUCGUGGAAUCUUCCACAAUGAAAAGAAAACGUUCCUGGUGUGGGUGAACGAGGAAGACCACUUGCGUAUUAUCUCCAUGCAAAACGGAGGUAACGUCGGAGAAGUCUUGAAGAGACUCAUCACUGGAUUGAACCUGGUCGCUGCCAAGGCUCCAUUUGCUCGUCACCCUCGUCUUGGAUGGCUGACUUUCUGCCCUACCAAUCUCGGUACCACCGUUCGCGCUUCGGUUCACAUUAAGCUGCCAAAGAUUUCUGCCAAGGAUGACUUCAAAAAGAUUUGCAGUGACAUGAAACUUCAGAUUCGCGGAAUUCACGGUGAGCACUCUGAAUCGAAGGAAGGGAUUUAUGACAUCUCCAACAAACAACGUCUGGGAUUGACAGAAUAUCAAGCCGUUCGUCAAAUGUACGACGGAGUCAAAAAGUUGAUCGAACUCGAGAAGGCCGCCUCCUAA